CAUAACUUCACAACGGCAUGGAUUUAGAAGCUGCGCUUAAAGCCUGUGACAGAGCAGAUGCAGCUAGUGAACUUUCUUAUACCAAAAUUGCUGACCAAAGCUUAGUGUCGCGAUCUACGCUGUUGCGGCGGCACUAACGCGUAUACGCGUCGCGUGAAGAAGGCAACUCUACACGUUAAAAGCUUAACCCACAACAAGAGUAUAAGCUUGUUAGUUAUAUAAAUAAGCUUACAGAGCAAGGGCUACCACCUACAAGGCAAAUAGUGCAAAACUUUGCGUCAGAAAUGCCCCAACAGUACGUUAGAGAUAGCUGGGUUACUAGGUUCCUGCACCGUCACCCCAAUGAGCUCCUAUACAAAUAGACCUCCACUAUGGACGCCUUACGUCACAACGCUAACGAUAGCGAAAAGUACUUAUACUAUUUUAACCUACUACGUUCUAAGAUCAACCAAUACUCUAUUAAGCCACGGCACACGUACAAUAUGGAUGAGAAGGGCCUAGCGAUUAGAUUGGUGAAUAGGAGCAAAAGGGUGUUUAGUAAGGCAGCUUGGGAAGCCGGAGGCAAACGCCAAAGCUUGCAGGAUGGCAAUAGAGAGUGGGUAACAAUUCUCGCAGCUAUCUGCGCUGACGGUUCAAUGUUGCCGCCAGCCAUCAUAUAUGCAGGCCAGCCAAACAGUCUACAAUCCUCCUGGAUGGAGGACCUGGACGCAGGCAAAGACUCUAUAUACUCUACUGCAACGCCCUCUAGCUACCACAGCUCUCACAUAACAAUAGCUUUUAUCAACUAUUGUAGUCGCCACAAGAUUCUACUACUUAUCUAUCUACCUCACAGUACUCAGACGUUGCAGCCGCUUGAUGUAGGUUGCUUCUCACCUUUUGGCAACAACUACUCUAAAGAAAACAAGCCAAGUGAGCUUCCGCGAACUCUAUCUCUAUUACUUAACGUUAAUAGGGUCGCGAUAGAACAGUUUUGCAAGGCAAUAGUGAAGGACUCUACAAGUUAUGAGGCAAGGAAGCUAGUUUGCACAUUUAACUACUUAGCAGCUCACAACGCCCUUCUAGAGGCUGAGGAAGCUGCUGCAAAGGCUUGCAAAAAGGCAGAGGCAGCUAAGAAGAAGGUUCAAGAUAAGCGGGAGAAGGAGCAGCAGAAGCGCAAGGCCUCACAGAAGCCACCUACAGAACCUCUAGCUAAAAAACAGCGUGCGCGUGGCGCUACUCAGGUUGUAGUUAAGGCGUCACCUUCCCUAACACCUCCACCAAUUACUACACGCAGCGGCCGCACCACGCGACUAAAUAGAAAAUGGGAGCAGGACAAGCAUCAUAGGCGUUAGUAGACUGUUACAACAAAAAAAUCUCAAUAUAAUAGCUUUUG